CCCUUACGGGCACAACAGCAUCAAACCGGCCACAACCUCAAACGCUCUACGCCUCCGCGUACGUCUCCUCAUCUAGCUGUCUGCUUGUGCUCACCAGCUCUAAGAGCAAGAGGUGCCAAUGGCGGGAGGCGGCGACCUGAAGGUGCUGGGCGUGUGGACCAGCCCGUUCGUGAUCCGGGUGCGCGUCGUGCUCAACCUCAAGUCCCUGCCGUACGAGUACGCAGAGGAGGACCUCGGCAACAAGAGCGCGCUCCUCCUCGGCUCCAACCCCGUGCACGAGAGCGUGCCCGUCCUCCUCCACGCCGGUCGCCCCGUGAACGAGUCCCAGAUCAUCGUGCAGUAUAUCGACGAGGUCUGGGCCGGCACCGGCCCCGCCGUGCUGCCGUCCGACCCCUACGAGCGCGCGGUGGCGCGGUUCUGGGCAGCCUACGUCGACGACAAGGUGGGCUCCGCGUGGCUGGGGAUGUUGUUCAAGUGCAGGAACGAGGAGGAGAGGAUGGAGGCGGUUGCGCGGGCCGACGCCGCACUGGAGACGCUGGAGGGCGCGUUCAAGGAGUGCUCCAAGGGGAAGCCGUUCUUCGGCGGCGACGGCAUCGGGUUCGUGGACGUCGUGCUCGGCGGCUACCUCGGGUGGUUCGGGGUGAUCAACAGGUUGAUCGGGCGCAGGCUGAUUGACCCUGCGAGGACGCCGCUGCUGGCCGCGUGGGAGGAGCGGUUCCGCGCGGCCGACGCGACCAAGGGCGUCGUGCCGGACGACGUCGACAAGAUGCUCGAGUUCUUGCAGACCCUGCGUGCUCUGAGCUCCUACAAGCCGGAGUGAUUCGUCGUGUAACAUGGGUGCGAUGAGCUGAAGUUGAACAGUCAGUCGGUCUAUCAGAGUGAUUUCGUCAAUAAAUUAUAAACGGUGUGCUUAAUAAUUGUACAACAGUAGGUGUUGUAACAAGGGCAUAUGAUGCUGCCUGU